AUGGGAAAGAAUGCGGACCCCACGAAGAACAGAUGCAAAGCACCAUGGGAAAGAAUGCGGACCCCAGAAAGAACAGAUGCAAAGCGCCAUGGGAAAGAAUGCGGACCCCAGGAAGAACAGAUGCAAAGCACCAUGGGAAAGAAUGCGGACCCCAGGAAGAACACAUGCAAAGCACCAUGGGAAAGAAUGCGGACCCCACAAAGAACAGAUGCAAAGCACCAUGGGAAAGAAUGCGGACCCCAGGAAGAACACAUGCAAAGCGUCUUUUCAACUCGUAAUACUUUUCUCCUGCAGAGUUCCAACCCCAGCCGGUCUCUGGCUCCCAAUUGUGUACUUCCCAGGUUCCACCCUGUAUACCUCACCCCACCUUUCAAUUUCACAAAAUCAGAGUCCGUGUUAUGACGUCAUGGGCAUGUCUCAUCAUGUGACCAGAUACCACAGCGUGGGAGGGCACGCUUCAUCUUGUGAUGCAAUGAGCACACCGAUGCCGCGUGACAGGAACACGAUGUCACGUGACAGGGAAGUCACAUGAUGCACACGUGUGAUUCUAUGCCGUACUUGUCUAUGGCACGGGGCACUAUGUAACAACACAUGGCACAGACUACAUCAACUGACAAAUGCACAUGCAGCAGCCAUCACGACCCCUCCCUUGAUGAGCAUGCCGACUGUCGCAUCAUCUGACAAACACAGCAAGACACAUGGCAACGUCAGCAAUGUCAUGUGAGCGACAGAUGAUGUCAUGUGACGACACAGCGACCACUCCACCAACGCAGCGUACAGCACGCCGUGUCACGUGACGGGUUUGUUGUUUCUUCUCCCUUGUGGAAAAUCUCAAGCUUCCUGAGUUCUCUAUCCCUCCAUCCUCCCUUCCCCCCCUCCCAGUUCCCAAGCGGAGUCCUCUGGGUAGAACUACAGCCAGGCAGCGGCAGCGGCAACAGCAACAGCGCCCGCUCUCGCCGCCAGGGGGCGCCCGCGCUCCACCACAAAAGAAGGCGCUGUAACGUCUGCGAGGAGAGCGCGCGGGUGCUCAGCCCCUGCCACCUUCGGGAAGAAUCCUGCAAAGGGCCCGUGACAAAGAUGGAAAGUGUUGUGAAACACUUGAGGACUCCCCAAGAAGAGAGCUUCGGCUUCCGGCGUCCUGGGCACGGACCCUUAGGAUCCUCGCGAUAAACACGCUGCAGCCGCUAGGUGGCGCCGCAGAUAGUAUUGGUCCCACAGUGCACCGCGAGUUCAAAUCCUUUCCCGAACGAGUCAUUAAUUAGUCAUGGGACCCAAGGCUGUCGCUUCACGUCUUCCGUUUUCUUGUCCCCGGCUUGUGGAGCUGCAAUGACCCGCUGCCUGCGGAGAGCCUUGGGAAGGGCCGCUCCGGAGCUCCCCUCAUUUCCUCUAGGAGAGGGGUCGCAUUGUGACCUGCGCCGGCGAGCCCUUUUUUUUCCUGAGGCAGUCGGGGGUUCAGUGACUUAGCCCCGCCCUGACACGUUUAGCGUCAAGUAUCUGGAGCUGGAUCUGAACCGAGCCAGGGCUAGUGCUCUGUUCUCUUCGCCUUCUAGUUGACCCCUUUUCUUGUAUUUUUAACCUCACCCAAAUUUCCCAGAGCAUUCCUACCCUUCCCUCUUCCACUUUCAAACUUCUUGAGGGAAGAGUCCUGUUGCUUUUCAUUUUUGUAACCCCAACACAACACACGGGUCCUGCCUACCCACAGAAGACGCUUAUGCUUAUUUGUGGCACUGAAGGGGAACAAGCUGAAUUGAGGAAGAUAAAGCUUGGGUCCAAAUCAAUAUAAUUCGAAUUAGAAUAUGCCCAGUGUCACCCAUUCUACUUCCAUAUCUCAUCUCUCUUCGCUCCCUUAAACACCAGCUGAGAUUUGGUUCCUCUGACCUGUCACCUGGAUUAUUUCAAUAGCCUCCUAACUAUCCCUGGAUCAGUUUUUUUUAGUCUUUUUUUUUUUUUAAAUGCUAUUAUACGCCGCAUUUUAAAAUAUAAUUUAUUGUUGCACAGCUGUGUCACUGAAUUAAAACAAUAGUAACCAAAUUUUCAGAUUUAAAAAAAAAAUAUGCCAAAAAACCCCAAGGGACUUGGAAAAGCGGAGAACAAGCUUUUAUAUGGUAGCUCGCUAUGCUCCCUUGCCUCUUAAAAGGGCCAUAUUAUGUGUGUUUAUUUUGUCUGCAUUAUAUUGCCGGGCACAUUUUAAUACAGAUUUGUCAUUCAAAAAGACUGUUACCCUGAGUUAGAGAAGUGGUUCUUUGGGUUUCUCUCUUGGGUGAGUUCUCUCCUGUUAAAUGACUGAUGAAGUGUCACUGAAGGCUCAGCACUUAACCACAUUUGUUAUGUUUACAGAGUUGCUUUCCAGCGUUCCAAGUUCAUGGACCAGUCUAUGACUAGGGUUACGGUUCAGUGAGUGGUGGGGGCUUAGAGUUAAUCUCUGUAAAGCCAACUGGCCCGGAGGCAAAUCUUGUCUGGAAACUUCUCCUCCACAGUCUGUGUAGACAUUGCUGGAUCCUUCAGGAAAGUUCUCUCCACCCUCCCCCUCCCCCAAGCUACCAGAGCUCUUGCUGCACCCGUUUCCCUCCCUCCCCUCCAGAAUCCUGGCCGGGUUCCAGGGUGACCAAAGCUACGGCUGGACAGCCAAGGAGAGCUCAGUGCAUGAUGCUGAUUGCCAUGACUACCACUCACAAGCUCCUCCCCACAUCGCUCAGGAGCAAAGAAACAUGGGCUGUGAAAUGGACAGUAAUGCUCCCGCCUCAACCUCUCCCCCUGGUGAGGUAUAGACAGCCCCUGGGACUGCCCUCCUCUCGCAGGGGGCUACAGAUAACCACAUUUCACCAGCACAGUCAAGCUUUUGGGGGCCUGAGCCCCUGGAGAUCUUCCUUUGUGCAGAGGGGCUUCCUAAAACCCCCCAGCCCAUGGACCCUUGGAUUCCUAGGAAUGGAACGUCAGCUUGGACUAGGGUGUUUUAUCCCCAUAAGGCAAAAAUCAUAGCAUGUGAGAGGUGAGCCGGGCCUUAGAGAGAAAAAAAUGUAGAGCUGAAAAUCAUCUUAGAAAAUAGAACAUCAAAAGUCUGAUCUGGAAGAAACUUGGAGUUUAGACUAUAGAAUAUCAAGACUGAACAGAGAACGUAGGAUAUCAGUCCUUGAGAGACUCAGCUUAAUAGAAGACAAAAUUUCUAAUUUGGGAAAAUUUCUAGUGGAUGUGGGAACCGAGGCUCAGAAGAAGGAAUAUUAGGAAUGAGUUAAUGUCGCAGCCAGGAUUUGAACUUCAUGCUGCCCUUAUCUUGUCUUGCCUUAAGGGCUCCCAAACAGCAAACAUCCAUCUUCUAGCAUCCAUCAGUCUCCCCUCCUCUUCGCAGCCCCCCUUCCCACCUUCCUGGGGAACAGGAUACCCUUCCACCUCCCUGAUGAAUAAAUGAUUCUCCCCACCCCCACUGGGCCUGAGCCACUGGACAGGCGGCAGGCGGCAGGCGGCUGCAGAGAAGGCUGGUGGGGUGGGGGGGAGUGAGGUGGGGGAGACAUCCAGAGUCUGGGAAGCCGCCAACCUUCCCCCAGGGCCAUUCAUCACAGGGCAGGCCCGGGCUCGGGUGGGGGGUGAGGUGAGCUGGAGAGCAUCGGAGAGCGGGCCAGCCGCAGAGAGCCAGGAUGUGGGAGCAAGGCAAGGAGAGCAUGGGGCGUCUGCCUUUCUCAAGCCCCUUUUCAGCGCUGGGCUUUGGGGUCCUCUCCCUGGCUUUUGCCUUGGCAGGGAGCCAGCUGGUGGAGCCCAGCACGGCACCCCCAAAACCCAAACCGCCUCCACUCACCAAGGAGACCGUCGUCUUCUGGGACAUGCGUCUGUGGCACGUGGUUGGGAUAUUUUCCCUCUUUGUCCUGUCCAUCAUCAUCACUCUGUGCUGUGUCUUCAACUGCCGCGUGCCCCGGACCCGGAAGGAGAUCGAGGCCCGUUACCUGCAGAGGAGGGCGGCUAAGAUGUACACGGACAAACUAGAGACCGUGCCCCCCCUGACGGAGCUCACUGAAGUUCCUGGAGGUGACAAAAAGAAGAAGAAGAAGGACACCGUGGACACAGUAGCCAUCAAGGUGGAGGAGGAUGAGAAGAAAGAGGGCAAGAAAUGAAGGGCCUCCCUGACCCCUGUGUACCUCGCAGACUCAGAGAAUGUCCGAAGGGGCUCUAGGAACCAUGGGUCCAAAGCCCUCAUUUGAUGGAGGAGGAGAAAGGACUUGCCCACAAUCACACGGCAAGCCACCGGCGGGGACAAGCCUAGGACCCAGCCCUCCCAGGCUCUGGCCAAGGGCCAUUUCCAGAGCUCUCUUUUCCUUCCCAGACUCCUGCCCCUUCCACAGUCCGAUGGCCCAAGCAAAGUCACCAUGUGGGCCUGACACCCUGAGGGUCCCUCUUCAUUCCAUCUCCCCCUACUCGCAGACCUUACCCAUCCAGGGCCUGCUCUGAUCUCCAUGAGGGCGGGGGGCUUCCCAACAAAGUGCAUCAGAACAGCUGCCAUUUCCAGACUUCUCUUGGAAGGACAAAGUGCUUUUUGUCACAACCCUACCAGGGAGAUUGCUGGUCUUGCUAUCUGAGGGACAGUGGGGAUAAUGGGGGACGUGAAGACUUAGUUUAAAAUCCUUCUGAAAAGUACUGCAUGACCAAGGGCAAGUCAGACCAGAUAUGAUGAAGGGAUGGAGAGCAAGCCUUGUGGUGAAAAGUUUACAGGAAUUAGGGUAGAUGCGGGAAGGCCGAGAGGUGAUGGCGUCAGUGGCAGGCUCUGUGAAAAGUCUAAAGCUAAAUCUCGAGGCGCUGGGUCCCAGAAGCCCUUCCUGAUGCCCGCACCCUUGCCUCAGUGACAAAGACCUUUCCCCUUGGACCUCCCAGGGCAACGGCUUUGUACCUCGCUUGUGCACUCACUACAUAAUACUGUGUAUUGUGGUUCCUUGUGUUGGUGUCUUGUUGCCCUAACUGCUGUCUCUGCAAGGUCAGGGCACAGAUUUUUAAGUUUUGUAUUUCAUCCAGCACCAAGUGCAAAGCUUUCGUCAGAGUAAGUGCUUAGUAAAUGUUAUUGAAAUAAAUGUCUUCUCUUCUACUAAACUGUAGACAUCACGAAGAUGGUAUAUUCA